AUGGGACUGAGUAGGAAGAUUAAUGGGGUGUUAAGUGAAGAAAAUCUGGAGGCAAUGGUAGCUGUGUGUACCCAGAUGGCAAAGGAAAUCAAUAUCCCGCUCUUGGAGUUGGAAGGAGAUUCAAAAACAAUUAUUAAUCUGGGGAAUAUGGAGUAUUCUGAGAUUAGACAUUUUGUGGAUCAAAUCCUAGACUACUCAACUAGGCUACUAAGUUUAACGACCUCUUGGGCGCAUAGACAAGAAAACUUAGCUGCCCACUGCCUCGGUAGAUAUGUUAUCAAUUGCUCAGCUUUUUUGUAUUUGGAAGAAUGA